UACGAGCAGGAAGGAGCUUUCAUUCGUCAUAUGCUUUUGAAUAGCCGUGAGAGCGUCGAUGGGGAACCUCACGUCAAGCGUAGCCGCAAAGUUAGCAUUUUUCCCACCAGAUCCGCCAACGUACAACGUUUUCAAAGACGACGAUGAAGGGCGGCUGUGCGUCACCGGCGUGACGGCCGACAAGGAUGUCGACGUGCAUUUUCUGGACACCCAGGCAGGCAACAAGAUCGUGGCCACCUUCUGGAGACACCCUUUUGCCAGAUUCACCCUCUUAUACUCCCAUGGAAAUGCUGCGGAUUUGGGGCAGAUGUUGGAGCUCUUCCUUGAGCUCAGAGCGCACCUCCGUGUCAAUAUCAUGAGCUACGAUUAUUCAGGGUAUGGAAGAUCUUGUGGUAAGCCAUCUGAGUUGAACACAUACUAUGACAUAGAAGCUGUUCACGGUUGUUUGAAGAGUGAAUAUGAAAUCAAACCUGAGGAUAUGAUUCUAUAUGGCCAAUCUGUUGGUAGUGGGCCAACAUUGCACUUAGCUUCUUGUUUGCCGAGGUUGAGAGCAGUUGUUCUUCAUAGUGCUAUCCUUUCUGGAAUAAGAGUCCUGUGUCAGGUCAAGAUGACAUUCUGGUUCGACAUUUUCAAAAACAUAGACAAGAUAAAGCAAGUCAGCUGCCCAGUUUUAGUCAUCCAUGGUACAUCUGAUGAAGUAGUUGACUUCUCCCAUGGGAAGCGACUGUGGGAACUUUCCAAAGAGAAAUAUGAUCCGCUGUGGGUCCAAGGUGGAGGUCACUGCAACCUAGAGACCUUUCCUGAGUACAUAACACACUUGAAAAAAUUCAUAAAUGCAAUGGAAAAGCAUGCGGUGUCAAAGCGAGGUCAACCUCACCUAUCACAAUCCUUAAGUAUAAGUGAAUGUAAACCCAACAAAUGUUGGUUUAUAAGAUUUAGGAAAAGGUGAAAGGGUUUCUCUUGAGUUGUUCAAAAGAAAGAUGCCACAGAAGGGUUUAAAUGCUCAGGAACUUAAAAGAGCAGCAGGUGGCUUUUCUCGCGAACACGUUGGUGCGUCAUCAGAAAACCAUGUAUAAGAUAAUGUCAAGGCUUGUGUGUGGUAUAUAUAUAUAUAUAUAUAUAUGGUGAAGUUUAUCUGUUUUUUCGCUAGCCACAUGUAUACUUUCUCAGGUAGACGCUCGGAGAAGUACUGGGAAUUCCAGUUUCUUGAGCAACUCAUUUAGUCCAGGGAUAUUCUGAUCUGUUAAUGUAGGUAUUAGGUAGACAAACAACAAAAUGUGUAUAAUCUUUCGUUAUUUAAUUAGAGAUAGAGCAGAUAUGUAGAGCUGUAUAUGACAAUUACUUAGACAUGGGGGAUACUUCAAUUUUUUUUAAUACUUUAUUAUUCUCAAAUGAGUACUUUUUCGCUUGUCAUUGAAUUGGGGUUGCUAUUUCAUA